UUCACCAAAAAUAUUAUAUUAAAGUGUCAUUUUUAGGAUUUUCUAAGAAGAAAAAAAAAACAGGGAAGAUCUUUUUAAGCUUCUCUUUCCUCUCUCUUCUAUCUUUCUUUCUCUUUCUCAAUCUCUCUCAGGUUUCUCUCUCCUCUCUCCAGGAGGUCAAAAAAUUCUUUAAAGAGCCGUUUAGACCAAACCCAUGUAAGAGAUUUCUCUCUCAUCAAUCUAUGUCUCUUUCUCUCUCUUUCGAAAAUUAUCAUUUGCGUCCUCUUUUUGUACUGUUUACUUUGUCUUUCCCAUUUCUAGCGAUCUUCUCAUCGAAGCUUAUGACUAAUAAAACUCGAGAUCUGAAACAUUUCUCUCUCAAAAAAAAAAUCGAAACUUUAUGCUCUGUUUCUUCAGAUCUGGUUCUGGGUUUCUCAGAUCUAGAGCUCUGCAAUAUGGGUCUCAAACAAAAAUUGAAUUCUGAUUACAAAAACCCUAAUUUUCGUUUCUGGGUACCUCAAAGAUCUGUGCUUUCGUUAGAAAAUGGAUAGAUUUUAUGUUAAUUUCAUGGAAAUUUCGAUGAAUUCGAGGUUUAGAAUCAGAUUCAACCACAAAGUUAUAAACUUUUACAAUUGUGUUCUGUUAUUGUUUUGGAUCAAAUUGUGUUUAGAUUUGACUUUGAAUGGCAUUGUUUGUAGUUUUAUAAUCAUCAAUGGACGAUGAUGGAUUUCGCAAUUGGGGAUACUAUGAACCAGCGGCUGCUUCUUCGUUUAAAGGUAAUCUCGGUUUGCAGCUUAUGUCUACUAUUGACCGGAACACUAAACCGUUUUUACCCGGUCGUGAAUCGAAUCUUAUGAUCGGUUCUAACGGUUCGUAUCACUCUCGAGAGCAAGACAUGAACUAUAGCUGGAUUAAUCAACCAAAGGACAACAAGUUCUUCAACAUGUUGCCUAUAAGUACACCGAGUUAUAGUAAUGUGUUGUCGGAAACAUCUGGUUCGAAUUCGAUUCAGAUGAUACAUCAACCGGUUUUGAAUUCAUCCCGGUUUGAGGAGAAUCCGAUUCCUCCUCCUGCUCCUUGUGAAGAGCAGACUGGUAAGAAGAGAAAGAUGAGAGGCAGCAUCGCAACACCAACGGUACCGAAAGCUAAGAAGAUGCGUAAACCGAAAGAAGAGAGAGAUGUUACUAACAACAAUGUUCAGCAGCAGCAGCAGCGUGUGAAACCGGUUAAGAAGAGUGUUGAUCUUGUGAUUAACGGUGUGAGUAUGGACAUUUCUGGUUUACCUGUACCGGUUUGUACUUGUACUGGAACUCCUCAACAAUGUUACCGUUGGGGUUGCGGCGGAUGGCAAUCCGCUUGUUGUACGACUAACAUUUCGGUGUAUCCAUUACCGAUGAGUACUAAGCGACGCGGUGCAAGGAUUUCGGGUAGGAAGAUGAGUCAAGGCGCGUUUAAGAAGGUUCUUGAGAAGUUAUCAACAGAAGGUUAUAGCUUUGGGAAUGCGAUUGAUUUGAAGUCUCAUUGGGCUAGACAUGGAACCAAUAAGUUUGUCACGAUCAGAUAAAGUUUGAAAAGCUCUUGUUUUUCUUCAUUGAUCGUGUAUAUAACAACAAAACUGUGACCUUUGUUUUUCCUUCUUCUUCAAGGUAACUUCUUCGUUUUUAGGGCUUGAUCAUAUCUUAAUUCAUAUUCUGUUUUGUUUGUUUGAAACUAUUUCAUUCAGCUUUAGGUUUGAAAUGUUGACUUGUAACAUUAGAUGUUGUUUUGAUAAAAAAUGUUGUUAUGUUAAACAAUUUUAAUGAAGAAGA